AUGGAUCCAUUGGAUUUGCUGGAUCCGCUGGAUGCCAGCUUUGCCAAUUUGGCCCUCUUCGGUUGCAGCUGCUGCAAUCGCCUGGCAGAGAGUCAUUUGCGUGCAGGAGACUGGCGCGUAGCCGCACAUUGGUGCGCCCUGGGGCGGCAGCUGGAGCUUGACUCUCCGGAUGCGGAGUGGGUGGCUGUCCGCUUCAAGCGCCUCUUCCAUGCAGCGGAGGCCAUGCGGCUGGCAGGGAAAUCCGAGAAGAAAGCCACGGGCAAAGUCUCUCGCAGCCUUCUGCUUUCCUCGAGAAGUUGCCUGGAGGCAUGUGAGUCUCUUUGGGCGAGGUGCCCUUCCUGCAGCUCCUGCCCGGAGGGCAUCUACACCUGCUUGGCCGAAGUUUGCUGGCAGCUCAAGGACACUGUGUUCCGUUUUGCGGGGGAUUCUCAUGGAGCAAGGCUGGAACAGGUUGUUUGGGCAGGACAUGGCGGCAGUUCGAUCAAGCUGUCGAAGAGCGUGACGGGCUCAAAGUGUGGCAAACAGCAGAAUGUUGGCACCCGAUUAAUAAAGGGAUAG